AUGAAGUUUUCCGGCUUGUGCAUCAGCCUUUUGUUGUUGUUGGCACCAGACAACAACGCCAAUAACCUCAGUGAUGCGUUUACGACUUCUCCGGGAUCUACUACUACCAGUCACUACUACUGUCACAAGAAAGCGACGAAUAAUCCAUUCCACACGGCAACCAUUGCUGCUGCAUCUUCCUCCAGUCGUACAGCAACAAACAGUAGAAGAAGAUCAACAACAAGAACAGCAGCAAGAACAACAAGAACAGCAGCAAGUCACUUGCAUGCAAGUCCUAACGUCGUCGAGGUGGCCGGAGACAUUGUCAAUGCCCCGCUGUCUCAGUACUUUUUGAGAGCCUGCAUUGACAAUGGAAUUCCUGCCUUGUUUACCAUCCUCACGGUGGCCGUGGCGGCAUUCUUUAUCAAAAAGUCUCGCGAAGGAGGAGGGAAUGCCAAUGACUUUUUCGAAAACAAAAAUGCCAUUGACGAACUGUACAGCGACCUGUAUGGAAGCACGGCUUCUGGUAAGAUUGGUGGUAAUGCUGGUCCCUUUGGUGGAGGCUUUGGUGGUGGACUACCCGGCGGUGGCGGUGGUGGUGGUCUCAACAAGGAGCAAAAACGAAAUCUGGGAAUCCCAUCCACGCAAUACAUUCAAGUCAAGAAUCUUAACGAAAAGUAUGCUUCCUAUGAUUUUAGUUUAAAGAUGGCCACUUCGUCCAAAGCUUCUGCCGCUGCCGACUUUCGCAGUCAAGCCUUUGAUCGGGCCUUGCAAAAGGCAUUGACACCUUCUUUUGGAUCCUCCUCCUCAUCUGACGACGAGGCGACGACGACGUCAUCAUCAUCAUCAUCAUCUCCUAACAUUCCAUCCUAUGCCAAGGCUGCCUUGCUCAGUGCCGAAAAGAACUUUUUGACCAAGGGUAGAACCUUGGUGGGUGAAAUUCAAGAAUUGGAAGGACAGUUGGUCAAGGCCAGUCUUGAUGUUGAAAUUAUCAAAAUGGGAAUGGACAAACCAUAUGACCCCAAGCCUGCUGCUGCCGCUUCUGCUGCUGUUAUCCAGGAGGGUGACGAUGACGAAAAAUCCAUUGCUGGUGUUAUUGCUGGUGGUGUUAUUGGUGGUGGUGACAAUAAUGGUGACGAUGCGGCAGACAAGAAGAAAAAGGAAGAAAAAGCCAAAAAGAUGCAACAACAAAACAAAAAGAUUACCGAAAAGGUAACCAAGGAAUUGUCCAAGUUGCAAGGUGAAUUACAAGAUUUGGAACUCGAGUUUAUCCAACAAGCCGUCGCUGCUGUGGGACCGGAACGUGCCCUUGGAUUCCGUGCUGCCUUGCUCCGAGAUGUGCAAGCCCGUGGUAUUGGUGGUCUACUGAAACAAUUGGAACGUCGUCCACUCUCGGCCUUUUUUCUUCAAUCGGACCACCAUGCUGAUGCGGCUGCCAAAUCGCUCUUUGUCAUGAAAUUUCCUGGUGAUGUGACCGCCUCCCAAUUGAACGAACUCCGAGAAGAAGUGACCGCCAUUAUCCGGAACGCCAAACCUGGUGACGAAGCACUCUUGGUAUUGCAAUCCGGUGGUGGUACGGUCACUGGAUAUGGUCUUGCUGCAGGACAAUUGGUCCGACUCAAGGAAAAGGGAAUCUUCUUGACCAUUGCGGUAGAACAAGUAGCAGCCAGUGGAGGGUACAUGAUGACCUGUGUGGCGGACAAGAUUAUUGCUUCGCCGUUUGCUGUCUUGGGAAGCAUCGGGGUCAUUAGCGAGCAACCAAAUGUGUACGAACGUCUCAAGCGGGAGGGAAUUGAAUUCCAAACCGUUACAGCUGGAGAAUUCAAACGAACCUUGACCCCAACCAAAAAGGUUACAAAGGAAGAUUUCAACAAGGCCAAGGAGGAUGUAUCCAUGAUUUUGGAACAAUUCUCUGGCUUUGUCGCCAAGAACCGUCCCAGUUUGGAUAUCAAGUCCGUUGCCACGGGAGAAACUUGGUUUGGUGAUGCGGCAUUGGAAAAGGGGCUGUGCGAUGAAAUCCGUCCCGUGGACGAUGUCCUAUUGCGAUACGUCGAUGAGGGGUACCAAGUAUACGAGAUUGCCUACAAGGCACCCACACCAAUUCCUUCAGGACUUGCGUCACUCUUGCCUUUUUCAUCCAGUAAUCUGGAGGGAGGAAGCAGCAAUAAUGAUAAUAAUAAUUACAAUUCGCUGGGCAAGCGAAUGGUCCGAUGGUUGGUUUCGAGUGUCAUGGAAGAAUUCCGAGACAAUUAUUUGUACGAACGCGGGACUGGUACACGUAUGGAUCAAGCCCAACAACGGUAUAUGGCCCAGGAUGACACUGCCGAUAGAAUGAAAAUGGAAGAGCGUCUGUAG